AUGUCCUCCGCCAAACGCAUCGAACAAUGGGAAAUCGACCGGUACUGGGAGAUCUUCGCCUCCCUCUCGAACAACUCUACCCACCUCGAUGGCUCGCAAGCCGCCUCAGUGCUAAAAAACUCCCAACUGCGCGACGACCAACUCGAAAGAAUCUGGGACCUGGCCGACGUCGACGGCGACGGCCGCCUCGACUUCGAAGAAUUCUGCGUCGCGAUGCGUCUAAUCUACGACCUCAUGAACCGCGAAUACCUCGACGUGCCCAAAACGCUCCCGGACUGGCUCGUCCCCGAAUCCAAAGCCCAUCUCGUACAAGCAACACGCGCAGUCGCAGGCGGAGGAGAAAGAUGGGAACGACCGGACUACGACGAAGAUGAAGGGCAAGAAGGUCUGAAGGAUGGUUUCGAUUGGUACAUGUCCCCCUCGGAUAGAAAAAAAUUCGAAGACAUCUACACCUCAUCCCGCGAUUCUCGCUCCGGCCUUAUAAGAUUCUCCGACUUAUCCGACCUCUACGAAAGCCUCGACGUACCCGACACCGACGUGCGCUCCGCCUGGAAUCUCGUCAACCCAAAAAGCGAAGAAGGGAUAAACAAAGACGCCUGUCUCGCCUUCCUCCACAUUCUAAACAACCGACACGAAGGAUAUCGCAUCCCGAGAUCCGUGCCGCCGAGUUUGAGGGCGACGUUUGAGCAAGGGAAGAUAGAAUUUAAUCUUGACAGGGUGUCGCAACGACAGGCGGCGGCGGAGCGGUGGGGGACGAAUUCUCGAGGGGAUGAGAAUACGGUGACGGGGAAGAAGGCCAAGUUUGGGGAUACGUAUCUUUCGAGAUUGGGGGUUGGUGGGGAGAGGAAGGUGAAGGGGACGGAUUUUAGUGCGACGCCUAGGGAUGGGGAGUGGGAGGAGGUGAGGUUGAAGAAGCAGUUGAAGGAUUUGGAGGAGAAGAUAGGGAGGGUGGAGGAGCAGGCGAAGAGGAGACGGGAGAGGGGUGGGAGGCGGGAGGAUAGUAAGCCGGCGCUUGUGAAGAGGGAAUUGGAGAUGUUGUUGGAUUAUAAGAGGAGGGAAUUGAGGGAUUUGGAGAAUGGGGAGGGGAAGGCGAAGACGGGGCAGAGUUUGAAGCAGUAUAGUGAUGAGAUUGGGAUGGUGAAGGAGCAGGUUGAUGGGUUGGAGGCACAUUUGCGGAAGAGGGAGGCUGCGCUUCAAGAGCUGCGGGAUCAGAUUGAGGCGGAGAAGGUUGGUGGGAGGUAG